UGCGACUCGGGUAACAACAUGCGGGACGGAUUGUGGUGGCUGUAGUCAACGUGUGAAAUGAGAAGCCGGUGAUUUAUAUCGUGUUUAUUUACCACUAUAUUCUGCUUUAGGAGGCUCCAGUCAGCAGCAUGGCGAACAAAAACCUCCAGUUUAAAACGAAUUACGCCGUUUCCAGCAAGAUCGAGCCGUUUUACAAAGGCGGGAAGGUGCAGAUCAGCAAAGAUGAGAAGUACAUUUUCUGCACAUGUGGAUCCCGAGUCAAUGUUGUGGAGAUCAGCACAGGCAAGAUCGUCCACUGCGUGGAACAUGAUGAUCAAGAGGAUAUCACGUCCUUUGCACUGAGCUGCGACGAUGAGCUGCUGGUGACGGCCAGCAGAGCUUUGCUGCUAAAGCAGUGGGACUGGAGGCAGGCCAGCUGCACUCGCUCCUGGAAGGCCAUCCAUACCAUCCCCGUAGCCAGCAUGACCUUUGACUCCACCUCCACCCUACUCGCGACCGGCGGCUGCGAUGCCACUAUAAAAGUCUGGGAUGUGGUCAAGCAGUACUGCACUCACAACCUUAAAGGAUCAUCUGGUGUUGUGCACUUGGUCCAGUUCCACCCGGACAUCAGCCGGCUGCAGCUGUUCUCCUCGUCUCUGGACUGCGGCAUUCGGCUGUGGGACCUGCGCUCCAGCCAGUGCGUCUGCGUCCUGGAGAGCCACUACAGCGCCGUCACCUCCCUCAGCUUCAGCAGAAACGGCGACGCCAUGGUCAGUUCUGGGAGGGAUAAAAUCUGCACCGUUUGGGACCUGAAAUCUCGCCAGGCUAAGAGAACUGUUCCAGUUUAUGAGGCUGUCGAGGGAGUCGUGCUGCUGCCUGAGAAGACAGACUUGUCCCAGAUCGGAGUAAAAAGCAAAAACCUGCAUUUUGUCACAGCUGGCAGCAAAGGUGUGCUGAGAGUGUGGGAGGCCAGCACUGCUCGCUGUGUUCAUACUCAGGCCCUUCCCUCUACCCUGGCUCUUUCCUCCGAGGAAGACGAAGAGGAGGACAACCCUCGCAGUUUGACGCACCUUUUCCACCUGCCGGCCUCCUCCAGAUUAGCCGCGGUCACAGCAGAGCACAACAUCCUCUUCUACCAGCUUCCCGAUCUCGCCACACAGCAGCAAUUCGUGGGCUACAACGACGAGGUGCUGGACGUGAAGUUCCUGGGUAAAGACGACAGUCACAUUGUGGUGGCCACGAACAGCUGCCAGCUGAAGGUCUUCCAGCUGCUCACCAACAGCUGCCAGAUCCUCUACGGACACACAGACACCGUCCUCACUCUGGACGUGUUCAAGAAAGCCUCCCUGUUUGCAAGCUGUGCCAAGGACCGGUCAGUGCGCGUCUGGCAGAUGGACAGCGACAGCGGUCAGGUCCGAUGCGUGGCUCAGGGAUCCAGCCACACUAACGCUGUGGGCUCCAUCAGCUGCUCCAGGUUGAAAGCCUCCUUCGUCGCGACCGGCAGUCAGGACUGCACCGUGAAGGUGUGGGAUCUGCCGGCCGAGUUCUCCGGAGCAGAGAUCCAUCAGCUGAGCCCCCGCACCACAGAGAAGGCGCACGAUAAGGACGUAAACAGUGUUGCAGUAUCUCCCAAUGACAAACUGCUGGCCUCUGGCUCCCAGGACCGCACGGCCAAACUCUGGUCCCUAUCCGGGGAUGGAAACCUGGGGCUCCUGGGGGUGUUUCGGGGCCACCGUCGAGGGAUUUGGAGCGUCUGCUUCUCUCCUGUGGACCAGGUCCUGGCCUCCUGCUCCGCCGACGGCACCACCAAGCUGUGGAGCCUGCAGGACUUCAGCUGCCUCAAGACAUUUGAGGGCCACGAUGCAUCGGUUCUGAAAGUGAUCUUUGUGAGCCGGGGCACCCAGCUGCUGACCAGCGGCUCAGAUGGUUUAGUGAAGCUGUGGACCAUAAAGACCAACGAGUGCGUGAAGACGUUGGACGCCCACCAGGACAAAGUGUGGGGUCUCCACGGCAGUCGUAAGGACGAUAAGAUGGUCACAGGCUCAGCAGACUCAAACAUCACAGUGUGGGCGGAUGUGACUGAAGUGGAGCUGGCUGAGGAACAGGCCAAACAAGAGGAUCAGAUACUGAAGAAGCAGGAGUUGUCCAACCUGCUGCAUGAGAAGAAAUAUCUGAAGGCUCUGGGUCUCGCCAUCUCCCUGGACCAGCCUCACACGGUGCUCACUGUUAUCAAAGAGAUUCGUCAGGCGGAGGAUGGCGGCGAUCUGCUGGAAAAGACGCUGCUGAAACUGCGAGUAGAUCAAAAAGAGUCGCUGCUGCGCUACUGCGUUGUGUGGAACACCAAUGCCAGGAACUGUCUGGAUGCCCAGGCGGUCCUCCGGGUGCUGCUGACGCACCUGCCGCCCGAGGAGCUGCUGCAGUACCAGGCGGUCCGCACACACCUGGAGGGUCUCAUCCCGUAUACAGAGAGACACAUGGAGAGGAUCGGCCGCCUGCUGCAGGCGUCCAUGUUUCUCAACUACAUGUGGCAGAAGAUGAGAGUAGCUGGGGCAUCAUCUGGUAUGGAGCAGGAUGAAGAGAUGGACACCACUCCUGUCACGCAGACGCAGCCCUUGUUUUUCAUCGACAAAGAAAACGUAAAAGGCAGCAGCGAUGAGAGGGGAGACCACGACGACGAUGAUGAUAGCGAGCAAGAAGAGGAGCCGGGCUCUCGCGAGGAAGACGAAGAGGAGGCCGACGAAGUCAGCGCCUCGAAGAAAGCCUCCGCUAGCGACGCGCGGGAGAAAACCAGAGAGAGCACCAAAACCAACGGGCACCACCAGUCAGAGAGCGAGGAGAGCUCAGAGGAGGAAGAGCUGGAGGACGAUCAUGCAGUGCAAGUGGUGAAAAACGUCCCAGUUUCAUCCGCUCCACAAUGCCUGACUUUAAGCUGACAGCAUCGCCGCGCUCACUUCUAGAAAGAAACCACCUGAGGUUUCAGUCUGCAGAUCAAUAGCUGACUGACUGACUGACUGCAGCAGCCAGGGAAACAAAGCGGGGAAUUGAGGCAAAUGCAGAUAGCAGGUUUCACUGUAAAUAUUUGUGUCCCGCCUAAAUCAGUUCCUCUAUGCGGGUUUUAGGACUGGGGUUACAGAAACAAUGAAGCAUCCUGAUUCUAUUUUAUGUAACAUCGAGGAAGCCUUAAGGAGGAAGAAACGGCUAAUAAGCAUCUAGGCUGUGUGCCAGGGCUAUUCUCUUGAAGCAGAUCCUAAUUAGUAGAUAUGCAGCAGUGCAUCUACUUACGGGAUUAGAAAUCUACCGCUUCCUCGUAAGACCAACACAGCCACAUUCAAUUUCUAACGUAGUGACUCAUAUGUUGAUGAAUAAAAUAUCUUUGUUUAGGGGCCUAUUUGUAAAAGUGGUUUUAGAUUUGACAUGUUAUUCAUCUUGUUGAUAAGCAGGUGACUUCAAACAAGCAAAACCUCAGAGCUCUCAGGCUUGAUUUAAACAAAAACAACAAAAAACCAGCAGGUUUCAGAAGAAGUAGAGAAUAACGUGGUCUUAUGCCAAAUAUGAAUCAAUACAUUCAUCAGGUAAUUUUGCAGUGAGGAUGCAAUGUUUUGGUCCUCUGGUUUCACUAAUGAGGAAACCAGAGGACUAAAACCUAUCAGAUCUUUUUUAAAACCAGAAGCUGUUUCCCCAGCAGAACUUUUGCAUCUUGCUUUUUUGAAGUCUCCUUACCUCCUUGCAUUUAAAAAUAUGUCAGUUUUUAGGGGAAUAAGCAUAAAUUCUUACUUACUUCCUAAUGCAUCUGGGAAAGAAAACCCAUAUCCCUCAAAUUCUGGUGCUCUUCAUGCCCCUCUAACUUUUUUCCACAUUUAGUCCCAUUAGUCACAAACAUCAAUGCAUUUCCUCUGGAAUCUGAGCGAUUAGACCAACGCAAAGUAGCUCAUGAUUGUGAAAUGGAUUCAGAGUUUUCACAUUUAUUGUAAAAUAAAAAGUAUUUGUAUUCAGCC